ACUGUAUCGGCAAAGCACGGAUAGCUUGACCGCAGUCCCACCCGCUGCCUGCAUAGUUACCACGCUGCAUAAGUAGCUCCGGCUCUCCCUCGCUUUCUGGCGCUAGUACUCCAUGCAUCUGUUCUGAGAGAUUUGUGUGGGAUACCUCUCCGUGUGUGAAUUGUUUAGGAUAAGUGGAAUAUCUGAGAAAGCCUAGAAAAUAAUGAUAAAAAUUAAAAAUAUAAAAGGACGACGCUGCAUACUAACUAGACAGACGAAAACGUCAAUAGAGUGGAAAUAAUUAGCAUGAACUACCUAUACAUCAUGCAGAAAACGGAAUCAUUUAUUCUGAUCAUAAUUGGUUCCGAGGAGCCGCUCUCCUGAAAACCGUGAAUCGGAUUCAGUGGAAGUACCUGAAGCACAUAAUAUAUGUGCCUGGAAUUUCCUUCAACUAACACAAAAGAGUCCUCCAAACUGCUCCCCGCCCUGCUUCAGCGCCCCAACCUGAUUCCAGAAGGGAGUGGAGCUGAGAGCUCGUCAUGGAGCGGCGCGCCUGCAGGGGUCGCUGUACGUGAGGCCGCGUGACCGACGCCAUGGACACUGACAGCUACAGGCAGCUCCUGGAGACCAGCGACGGUCUGGUCGGUGUGGGGGAGCUGAAUGGCGCUGAUGCCGGCGGCUCGGACUCUGGGUGGUACGUGCCCUAUUCCAUAGGUUUCCAAGUGUCCCUGACCAGCUUCCUCAUGCUUGAGCUGGUUCUGGGCUUCAGCAGUAACCUCACAGUCCUCGUGCUCUACUGCGCCCAGUCCAACCUGGUCGACUCGGUCAGCAACAUGGUGACAGUGAACCUGCACGUCCUGGACAUCAUCGUGUGCGUGCUCUGCCUCCCGUUCACCAUGGUCAUCAUCCUUCUGCCGCUGGACGGCAACCUGGCGCUGCUUUGCUGCUUCCACGAGGCCUGCGUCACCUUCACCAGCAUCGCCACCGCGGUCAACGUGCUGGUCAUCAGCGUGGACCGCUACGACAUCUCCGUGCGGCCGGCCACGCGUCUCCUGACUCCGCGUCGGGCCGCCCUGCUGCUGGCCGCCGUCUGGGCGGUAUCACUGGCUGUCUUCUUCAUCCCUUUCCUGGAGGUGGAGUUCUUCUCUGGGACAGGCAGCGAGUUGAACGACCCCAGCCAGGACCCCAUGUGGCAAAACCGGACGCUGCUGUGCGUAGGGGGGGAGGGCUACCACACCAAGCUUGCCAUGUACUACCACCUGCUGCUGCAGGUGCCCAUCUUCUUCACUGCCGUACUGGUCAUGCUGUUCACCUAUUUCAAGAUCCUGCAGGCCCUCAGCAUCCGCAUUGGCUCACACCUCAAGAGAAGCCAGCGCCGGAAGGAUCCGUCCUGCAGGAGGCGCCGCAAGAAAAGAAAGGGGCCCAGGGAGGGUCUGGAUGGUGGGAGCUGCUCCAGUCAGUCCAAAUAUCUCUCUCAGCCUCCCCUCAUACCCUCCCCCACGCCCACCCCCACCUCCCCCCCAGCGCUGUCCUCAGUACCACAGGUGGCCUCCGACAGCGGGAACGCUCUCACGCCCAGCCAGACAGCGGUGGGCGUGCAAGCUUCAGUGUCGGCCAUCAUAGCCCUGCGGCGGGCUGUGCGGCGGCACCGCGACCGGAGGGAGCGCCAGCGACGCGUCUUCAAGAUGUCCCUGGUCAUCAUCUCGUCCUUCCUGCUCUGCUGGGCGCCCAUCUCUGUGGUGAACAUGCUGAUCCUCAGCCUGGGGCCCAGUGACCGGCUGGUGCGUGUGCGCCUCUGCUUCCUGGCCGUGGCCUACGCCACCACCAUCUUCCACCCUCUGCUCUACGCCUUCACGCGCCAGAAGCUGCGGCGAGCCUUCAGGACUAGAGUGAAGAAGCGGGUGGUGUCCCUGCUCCAGGUCGACCCGGCCCCCAGUGCCACCGUCAUAAGUAACUCGUGGGCGGUGCCACGCAAGUCAAACAAGCCGCGACAAGAAGGCAGCGACGCAACAAACCACUGCCUCACGGAGGCCAUACGGGAGUGAGCCUCUGUGUGUGUGUGUGAGUGUGUUACUCACACCAUUGCAUGGAUAAUUAGGAGGCAUUACCUGUGCACAGGUGUGUUCAUUAGGCUUCCGCCUUAGUGUUUGUGUAGAUGGGCUACCACUGUCUCCAUGACAGCAAUGUUGCAUCAUGCAGAGCAAAAUAACCUUAAGGGUUAUUCACACUGGAUCGAGAGCAGUUCCCAUAAUAAUUUCAUUCGAUCAGUAAAUCGACCAAAAAAAAUAUUUCAAUCUUACCUCCACCCUCUGUGUGGAGUUUGCGUAUCUUCCUGUUCUCCAUAUUAGGACCUUCCUCUGGGUACUCAAGUUUCCCCUGAUAUUCUAAAGAUUUGCGGGCUAAUUGGCACCUCAAAAUGUCCCAUAGUGUGAUUGUGUGUGUGUGUGUGUGUGGGUGGGGGAGGGCGGACUGAGGGACUGGCUUCCUGUCCAGGGUAUUUGCUGUCUGGGACUGACUCCAGCCUCCCCUGAAAACCUGUCUAGGAAAAAUGAUUGAAAGAUGGAUGGAUGGAUUGAUAGAUAAAUUGGAAAACUAGCCAUAUGUCAGACUGGCUCAGACUCAGUGUUGUAAUUUGCCAAUUUGACCUUUGUCCUGAAAACCGAGCAUAAAGCAACAGAUUAAACGCACAUGACGGCAGCGUGCAGGGGAAAGCCUUUCUUGAAGCAAAGGUCAUCGUAAUUUCAGCCCAGUAAAAGCAGUAGAGAACCUGUUGCUGUUCAGUUUGGGAAACUCCUUCCAGCAGCUGAAACUAUGUCCCUAAACUGCUACACGUGUGUUGGCACAUAAAGACUGAUCAUUCAGGAGGGGUGUCAUCUGAAUACAUGAAGCCUCACUGAACCUUACUGGCGAAACGGAUCCUAAAAAUGAGCAAAUUUGGCAUUCUCAAGAGGAAUACUAAAGGUUCCCCAUGUAAUUAUUUAUUUAAAAAACAUUAUUAGUAAUUAACAAAUAACAUAAUAUUAGUAGUAAUACUAGUUGUAGCAGUAGUAAUAGCUUACUAGUAGCAGCAGUAGUGUCAAAGACUAUCACAGAAAGUGGACUCUGGAUAGUGUCUAAACCAAGGGUGACAAAUUCCAGUCCUGGGGGGCCGGAGUCCUGCACAUUUCUGGAUUUCCCCUCAUUUUACACACCUGAUUCAACUCCUUGUGCUAGUUAACACACAGCCCUUGAGAACUAGGCUACACAAGGCUCUGGUCCCCCAGGACUGGGGUCUGACACCUCAAACUGUAUAUUAAUUAACUGAAGCAUGUACAGAAGCCUCUCCAUGAGAGGAACUUGUAAAACUAAGCCUGUCAGAAUCUGAAAAUGUGCCUUUUAUGCAGCGAGUCUGCCGUUCAGUAAUAAUAGUGAAUUUUACAGAAAUUGUUAUGGAAAUGUUAGUUUAUUCAUUUACUUGUUUGUUUGUAUUUUAAGAGAAUAUUUAUCUGUUUCGUUUCAGCAGAGCAGAACCCACCUGUACGCUGACAGUUGCUGACAUUGUCUCACUGAGCUGAGGACAGGGUGUAGUAAGUUUAGACUUUUUCAGAGGCUUCGUGAUGUUGUGAAUGGCGCACAUAUUCACUCGGUGCCCCUACUUUUGUUGUAUUUUUGGCUGUUCGUCGUCCUGUGCGGCUUCAGCUGUUAUUUCUGCAAAGGAUGUACCAAACAGUGCUGCCCCCACUGAGCCGCCCCAUUCUUCGUGGUAUUUGUUUUUUGUCUGUAAAAGCAGAGUUUGUUUGUAUAUAAUUCUAAAAAAACAUUUUUAAAACGUGACUCGCCGUGGGUCACCCGUAAGACCAGCCGCAAUAACGUUUCCUCUGUUCACUGCAACGCUGAUUCGUCAAUUAAAAUGAAUCUUCGUGAGCUAUACACACAUUGCAGCACUUUUCUGUCCGCCCCAUUUCUGCUUUUUCAAACCACCUUUAUUGAGCAUUAUAUGUCAAAACAAGAAAAAUGCAGUAAUACAGGUAGUGCAUCAUGAAAUUCUUCAGCAGACAGUCUUGUACGCUUUAAUACUAAUGGGAAAAGGAAGAACAGAGAACGAAAACGAAAAAAGAACGAAAAAGAAAGAAUUAAGGAAAGAAAGGGAGAAGGCAAAUGUUUUGCAUCUAAAUGGUGGCUUUUAUAAUAAUCUUACAUUCUCUGCAGAUUGACUCAGUUUCUCGUUCCCCUACCCGGAGGGACAAGCCGCCACAGCGCCUGUGCGCUUCUGCUCUCGUCCUUCGUAACAGUUUCACGGAUCCAUCUAUGCCGCGCGCUAAUAAUGAUUCAAGACAAAUAAAGCCUUUUACCCUCCAAGGGAAAUGCGUUUUUGUAAUAUAAAUGUGUCCUUGUCCAGAGGACACUGCGCACGGGACACGCGUUGUACAUGAACUGUCAGCGAUUGUUCCUUUUCUAUGCAAAACUAUACCGAUCUUUGUCCCUCUUGGCUGUGAUGUGUUAUGUGGUGUCAGCACGCAAAUGAAAUAACUGAGGAAUAAGCAGAACAGACAGAUGUAAUAGAAUGUAAUACGUCACAUGAUGUUUCAUGACAGCAGUAGUAAUAGCUAUAAGGACAAGAAGCACGAUUUUCUAGGAGACGAAGGCUACAGUCUGAGUAGAAACCCAUCUUUAUCAGUAGAAAUGGCAAACGGAGGAGUCUUUUGAACCGAAAAACUGAAAAAUGUCUACCAUUUCUGACUUAUUUUGUCCUUAUUAAUCUGAACCUGUACAUUUAUUAACUCAAAUAGUCUGUACAUAAUAAUAACAAGAUAAGUACAAUAAAGCCAAAUCCAUUCAGAAAGGCUAAUAAUAAGGUGUAGAAACAACCAGAAAUAGUAAUAGAAAUGCCUUGCAACCCAUAGUAGCUCCAAAUAAUUUUUUAAUCAGUGUAUAUGUUCAUUAACAUCACAGUACUGCACAGAGAAAAUCCACUCAUGCCCUGCAAAGCAGUCAUACAUUCAGACUCCUUAAUUAAACAUAACAAAAGCGUAAUAAGGAUCGGGCUGGCACUAAUUAAACCAAGUACAAGGAGCAGGACACGAUACUGUGUGCAAACUCAACUCGUUCCUGUGAGGGUCAAGAAUAGAUUUAACUGUAAUUAGAUUGAAGAUGCCUUAACUGUUUUCUGAAUAAACAGGUGCUAGAUGCAUUACCAUGUGCAUGUACUUCAGAGGAAUGUGUUUCCUGUAGACUUGCCUGCAGUGUGUAGGAGGGUCUUUCGCUGGGCACAUAUGAGAAUGGACAGUAAUAGGCACCCUCUGUUUUAAGCGAAUGUCAUGGGGAUAGACCAGCCCUAUAAGGCGACACGAAGUCAGCUUGCUAAACGUUCUUCCUCAUCUUCAGUUUUUCUACAAUCGCGGAACCGACAAUCACAGCCCUUCACCGACACAGCGCUCCCCCCCCCCCCCCCCCAAUGGGUAUCCAUCUGGAACCCGCCUGAAUUGUCUCCGCCACUAGGGCUAAAUCGUGCCCGAGAACAUUUGCAGUGUUCAGUAGAUGCUAUACAUUGUGCACGAAGACCCCCAGCAAUCACAAUGUACAGGGUAUUGAUCCACAUAAACUGGCAGAGCGUGUUUAUCAAGGUAGACCAGUGCGACUCCUACAAACCGUAUGUUAGACUCACACUUUUUCGUUUGUUUUUAUGUUUAUGAACACAAAGAAGUUGGGCUUCCCUUCAUUCUUUGGUCUCGGCUUCUCUGAACGAUGCAUAUUGUUUGUUAAGCACCUGGCUCAUGUUCUUAAGGCUCUUGUUGACAGUAUAUUUAGAUGUUUGCUACUUAGCUGAAUAACUCCAUUGUGUCGUGAAUCUUGUGUCCCUGUCUGUGGGCGGUUCACUGCUUUUAUUCAUAGGCAGACUUUUAAAGUUAUCAUCACUUGCCUCGAUGACCUCUUAAUGACCACAGCCAGUGGUGUUGAACAUAUUGUAAUGUCAAUAUAGCCUGAUCAACGCACAAAUUUCAUGCAGUAGUUGAGCAAACUUAUUUGUUCUAUGUAUGUAAUUACUGUGAUCCAUUCCUUUUGUGUCAAUGUCAGUAUCUCUAUGAGCUCUUGUAUUAUUGCCUUAUAUUGUAAAGUCAGAUUUGUUGUGACAGUAGUUACAUAUUAUAAAAAUGCACCCCUCCCGCAAGACCCAACCUUAUAUGCCAAAGACAAUUGGAGCAAAGCCCCCCUCCCACAGCAGCCUCUCUGUCCAAGCAGGACCACUAAGUUCUUAUUGAAAAUAUGUCACUGCAAAAGAUCACUGCUCAACAACAUCAAUACUCUCCAACUGUAAUUGGUAAUGAAGCUGUUUUUUUUCUGAAUGGCCACAGAGGGCUUGUGACAUCAUCGAUGAGCUUGUGACCACCUUUCUAGAUACAGUCCUUUAGGGAAUGAUAGGGAUGUCCGCCAUGUGUCCAAGGAAUGUUUACAGUGAUGUUGCAACGGAACUGUCAUUUUGGCGUACUUCUGACUACCUGUCUGAUGCGAUGUAUUACUUGUACUGUAAUAUUUUCUUUACCCAAGCCCCUUGGGGGAGAACUCCGAAGGGGCUGUGGGCCCCUGUCAUACCACUGCUCUGCUCCACCAUGAGCGGAAAUAUUUCUCGCCCCUGCCAGCCCCAUCUGGCAUCCGUUCUCCUGGGCUUCGACAGUGGGAUCUCGAGUCUACGUUCAGGGAUGUAAAAAUUCACACUCUUCUGGCACCGGAUCAAAGACUACAAGAAAAGACCUGAACUUCAGUCGUUCCAGCCAACCCACGAAACAGACCGGAAGUGUGUAAUAAUAUGUCUUAUGUGUGCUGUGAAAAUAUGUGCAUGUCAAUGUACAUGUCUGUACAGAUGUUAUUGUUGUACAGUAAAUUAUUUAUAUGUGUAAUUAUGUAUAUCUUUAUAAAGAAGAUGGGGCAAAAAUAAAACUGAC